GCGGCUGGAGCCAAAGAGCGGACGUGUUUUACUCUAUUGGAUUUUUAUUUUACUAUUAUCUUUUUUUUUUUCCUUUUUAAUCGGUCUCACAAAAGAUGUAGCUACAGUAGCAGAGGUCCGCCAAGGAAGCACAAGGAGUUCCAGCUGCUAUGUCUCGGAGGGAGACCGCCAUCUUUACAAACAGCUUUUACAUUUUAACCUUGGAUCGAACAAAGACAUCACUGAUGAUGAGACCACAAGCAUGGAGAGCAUUUUGCUGUCUGAAGUUCAGAGUCAUCUACCUCCUCUUGACUUUGAAUGUCAUUAUUCUGCUGCUUUUCGGAGACAAUUAUUUAAGAACAUGUGAAGUGACCAAGGUAAAACUCACCAACAGUAUUGCUCAAACCAGCUGCUCCUUCCAUUCACUAUCACCAAAGGAGGCGCAAGUGGCAAAUUUUCUGAAACACUCAAUUGCCUGGCCCGAAACGCUUUCUUUGCCACCUCACCUCUCUUUGAAUGACACCAGUGAUCCCGCUCACAGUACCUUCACCAUUCUCCCAAACAAACAGGGAAGUUGGUUUAUAGGGGGUCAGCUGGAGGUUCUGAUAAAAAUGUCUGACUUCCAUGGUCGGCCCAAAACAUCAGGCGGAGACUUCCUACUUGCUCGGCUGCACAACCCUACUCUUAACGCAGGUGUGGUGGGGCGAGUUUUCGAUCAUCGCAAUGGCUCCUACACUGCCGUAUUCCCUUUACUCUGGGAAGGAAGCGCACACGUUGAGGUGACUUUGGUCCACCCAAGUGAGGGAGUCGCCGUGCUGGAAAAACUGACCCGAGAGCAACCUGACAGAAUUUAUUUCCGCAGUUUUUUCCGCCUGGGUUCAGUGCAUCAAAUCACAACCUGCAACAUAUGCCUCAAUUCAAGUCGGAGGCUGUGCAACUACACUGAUCUCAGCACAGGUGAGCCCUGGUUCUGCUACAAGCCAAAGAAUUUGAGCUGUGAUACCAGGAUCACCCACGCCAAAGGAGGAUUCAGAGUAUAUCUAAGCCCAGUAGAGGAAAAGCUCUUUCAAAGUGGUGUCAACUUGAAGGUCUCCAUUCCAGCCUCAGGACCUGCACACAUCCAAGUUCUGAGUCAAUUUGAAUACGUUUACAGAUCCGAUUUCAACUUCCCUUGGGACUUUCCUAGUGGAGUAAAAAAAACUAUGCAGUCUCGCCCCUCUGGUUAUUACUACCAAGGUGCUUGGCGGUCACUAGAUGGCACCAUAGUUCACCAGUUUAACACCAUCUCAGCAAUCAGCCAGUGUCUGAAAAACAAAGCACUCCACCUGUAUGGAGACUCCACCAUUAGACAAUGGUUUGAAUAUUUAAACCAAUCGCUACCAGAUCUAAAGGAGUUUGACCUGCGGAGUUCCAAUCAAACCGGACCGUUCCUGGCUUUGGAUUACGCAAAAAACAUUUUAUUGACGUUCCGCAGCCACGGCCCUCCUAUCCGUUUUCGCAUCAUCCCUAUCAGUGAUCUCCAUUAUAUUGCCAACGAACUGGAUCGUGUGGUUGGGGGAACCAAUACAGUUGUAAUUAUUGGCAUCUGGUCUCACUUCAGCACUUUCCCCAUUGAGGUCUACAUCCGACGUCUGCUGAACAUUCGGAAAGCGGUGGUGCGGCUGUUGAGGAGGUCUCCAGAUACUAUUGUCAUUAUCAGGACCGCAAACCCCAAAGCGUUGACACUGUAUGAGACACUGACCAACAGCGACUGGUAUUCGCUACAGCGUGAUCAGGUCCUCAGGGCAAUAUUUAAAAGAGUAAAAGUCAAACUAGUGGACGCCUGGGAGAUGUCUGUAGCCCACCAUCUGCCACACAACCUCCACCCACAACCACCCAUAGUUAAGAACAUGAUAGAUGUUGUUUUAUCUUACAUAUGCCCCAAAACAAAGAAUUUAUAAAGAACUAAGGGAGUUUGGACUUUC